AUGGCCUCCCUCGCCCGCACAGCGCGGAGCGCCCUCAGGGAGACACGGCGUCUGCCAGCCGCCUCACUGCCCCCACGCGCCGCACACAUGACCACGCAAUCGCACGCGCUCGCGACGGGCAACACGCCAGACCCGCUCCUCCAGUCCGGGCAACGAGUGUCCCCAGCGCUGCAGGAGAAGACGCAGUCGCACUCGCUCUCGCCCUCGGCGCCGCCCCCCUCGACGCCCGUAGCCCCCCACGGGCGCAGCGAAAUCGUCUCGGCCCACGUCACGCCCUCGAUCCGCACGCUGCUCCCGCUGCUGCACUCGCAGCCCGCACACUACAUGACCCUGCACAUCCACGGCCGCCCGUACCUGCUGACGCGCGGCGACACGCUGCGCCUGCCGUUCCUGAUGCCAGACGUCAAGCCCGGAGACGUGCUGCGCCUGAACCGCGCCACCCACAUCGGCUCGCGGGACUACACCCUCAAGGCCGCCGCCGCCGUCAAGGGCACCGCCGACGCGCCCAAGAAGCUGUUCUAUCUCGACGAGCGGCUUUUCACAGUGCGCGCCCGCGUCGUCGGCAUCGAGACGGAGCCCAUGCGUGUCGAGGAGAAGACGAAGCGGAGGCAGCGGCACACCAAGCACGUGUACAGCAAGAUGCGCUUCACCGUGCUGAAGAUUAGCGACAUGGAGCUGAAGAGCCUGGAGGCCUACGAGAGGGUGCUUGCGGAAGAGAGCGACAUAUAG